AUGGCAUCUGAAAAGGAGCCUUCGUCGAAGUCUAAAAGGGCAGAAUCUAGAAGGAAAAGCUCAAGUCCUCCAAAUCCAUCAUUUGAUGAGUACAAUGUUUCGUCAAUUAAGGACUUUAUUUACAGGGAACUAAGGCCUACUACUGGGCGUCAAGUUGAUGAGGAUUCAUUUGAUGAGAAUGUGAAGGCGAUCGAGUAUGAUUUAGAACAGAUCGUUAACAUACUGCGAGUACCGUUUCAAAUCGAACAGUUCUUUACAUAUGCUUUGUUAACAUGCUUGAACUGCUUUCUACAUUUCUUCACCACCAUGCCCAUGCGCAUUGCUCAUGCAUUAUUUGUAAGAAGAGAUAGGCUGAGCUUGCACAAGGUACGGCAGGAGCUACUGGCUCUGGCAAUGGUUGCUUUCCCCUGUGUUAUUUUGAAUUACCUUGACACUUCAAGAAUAUACCACAGGAUUAAAGGUCAGAAUGCAAUUAAACUAUACAUGAUCUUCCAAGUUUUAGAGAUGGCGGAGAAGUUACUAUCUAGUAUCGGUAUUGAUCUAUUUUCGAUUCUGAUGUUGCGGGACAGUGUACAAAGGUCCAAGAAAGAGAUGGUAAUUCUAUAUACAACUUGUUGCUUGUGUUUAACAUUACACGCAUUGAUCUACAUUUACGAAAUGCUAGCGUUAAACGUGGCCGUGAAUUCGUAUUCAAACUCAUUAUGGACAUUGUUAUUGUCAAUGCAGUUUUCGGAGCUUAAAUCUGCUGUGUUCAAGAGGAUUGACAAGGAGGGGCUCUUCCAAAUGACCAUAGCGGACGUUGUUGAAAGGUUUCAGCUUAUUAUAUUUCUGAUGGUGAUUGCUGUUCGGAACUUUGUCGUUGCUGGGAAAAACUGGAGCGAUGUACUCCCGCACUCGUGGACUGUCAACUCCACCCAGUCGUUGCUUCUUGGCGUGUUCAUAGGCCCAAUUAUCACAGUAAUCGGAAGCGAGCUGGUGGUCGAUUGGAUUAAGCAUGCAUACAUCAUCAAAUUCAACAGAAUCAGGGCCCAUGUUUACGAAAGGUACUUACAGAUAAUAUCUAAAGACAUGAAAUACAAUGGAGGAAUACGUUUUCAAAGACGACUAGGCCUUCCUUUCCCUCCCCUUGUAGCCUCUUUCAUUGUAUUAGUAUGGCCUGCAGUGAAGCAGACACUAAGAAACAAUAAUAAAUGGUGGCUCACUGCAUUGAUGACAAUCAUCGGGUUUAUAUGGCUAUUAUUUAUUAAAUUGACGCUUCAGAUCAUCCUCGUGAAAUGGAGCAGGCACAUGCAAAAGAAACCAUUCAACAUACAACCGGAUCACCUGUACAUCAAUGGAAACCUAUCAGCAGGGAGAGGGUCCAUGGACGAGGACACCCGCAGGAUGAUACAUAAGAGCCAGAAUAACAACAAUACAAACAUUAAUAGUUCCUCUGGGGCAAGGCAACCUCCGACUGUUGUGACACCUCCAGGAUCACCAGAGCUCGUCUCGGUUGAUAAACUAGACAAAAGGCAAAGCAACAUUCCGCCAAGCAUGGAGGAACAACGAAACAAGAGGGAUCUAAAGCAUCCCAAGUCGCUGGAAACUGUUGAGCGCUACAAAAUGUCCUCCAAAAGAAUUUGGUAG